UCCAGGUAAGGACACAAGUAGAAGAGAAUGUGCUCUGUCCGUCCUCGGUAUUCCACCGGUAACUUGACCCGUCCUAUAAUUGACCGAUCCUCUCCAGAGGCAGUACGGACUGCGGACAAGUACUUCUGGACGGGCACAUCCAAGGCCUCGACCAGCUCUCUGCCACCCUUUCCAAGCAGACUCACACUCGCUCCAGUGUCCAACAACCCCGUCAGUUGCUUGGUCAGAACUCGGACUGCGGCGAACGGUCUGGGAUCUCGCGAUAAACUGCGCCUCACGGCGGCCACUGCUUCGCGUCGGCAGUUCCGACGUUUGCGAAAUCGCUCCCUGGCCUUUUGCACCUUGCGAGACACCAUACGCAUCCCGCCUAACUGGUGCUCUGAGAAGAUCCUGUUCCUGGUCUCUAGAUACCGCCGCAUCCUCUCCGCAUAAGCUCUUCUUCUCUGCGGAACUCCUGUUUGGACGCAUCCUCUCCGCCCUCGGAUCGCCCAGCCGACCGUUUUCCGCACAAUCCGGACAUUUGGGAGACACAGUGUCGGGCUUCCCACAUCGGUAGCAGAACAGUCUGCGUUCUGUUGCUGCGCAGUCACGGAACCCGUGAUCCACGGCUCCGCAAUUCCAGCAGCCGGCUCGGAACGGAUUUUUAGGCUUCGCCCGCACUUCGUCCACCUCUUGCCACGGAGGAUCCUCAGCAGGAUCUGGGCCAAUCGCCUCGCUAACCUUGGCCUUUUCCGCCAGA